UUCACAUCGUAGCGAACUAUUACGGCGCACGGCAGAAAUACGAGCCGGUGCUUGGAUCACCUAUCCACUGGCCGAACGGAGUUGUUCCGCCCGAUGUGCCCCUGUGUGGAUUCAAAGGCGACAGUCCGGCAUGCUUGCCUAAAGAUUCGUUUCCGGCGUGGGAAGUCAUUGGCGGAGCAGGCUUUCUACUGAUCACGCUAGCCAUGAUCAUUUCCUUCGUCGUGCACAGGAAGUACAAGCUGGAGCAAGAGUUGGCGGACAUGUCGUGGAAGGUAGUGUGGGCUGACAUAGACUUCAGUAAGCACCGCACACACAGUAUGGCCUCAGUCAGCAAGUUGUCUAUUAUGUCGGCAGCAACAGACGUGCAAUCAAUGGGAAGUCUGCCGGCGAAUGCUGAGGGCCAGAUGUUUACAAAAGUUGGACAUCUUAAGGGUCACAUGGUUGCUAUGAAGCACGUCGCCUUAAAAAAACUAGACCUAACGCGGGAAGUGCUGCUGGAACUAAAGCGCAUGCGCGACAUGAACCACGACAACGUGGCGCGUUUUGUUGGCGCAUGCGUGGAUCCAUCAAACGUCGCCAUUUUGACAGAAUACUGCUCGAAGGGCAGUUUGCAGGACAUUUUGAGCAAUGAAUCAAUCAAGUUAGAUUGGCUAUUUCGGUUCUCGCUUGUGAAUGACAUCAUAAAUGGCAUGAUCUACAUUCACAGCACGGCUAUCGGCUCUCACGGCCGACUUAAGUCGACGAAUUGCGUGGUCGACGGUCGCUUCGUGCUCAAGAUCACCGAUGCCGGACUUCCGUCUUUCCGAGAGUCUUCUACUUUACUACUUGACAUCGAUUCGUACUCGUACUUCCGAGCGCAACAAUGGACCGCCCCGGAGCUGCUGCGGCUGGACAGAGCUCCACCUGGUGGCACGAAGAAGGGCGACGUGUAUUCCUUCGCAAUAAUCUUGCAGGAGAUUGCUACGCGUGCUGACCCACACGAGACGAGCAACCUGUCUCCACGAGAGAUAAUAGAAAAUAUUAAAAAGCCCAUGGAGCCUCCCUUCCGGCCUCAAAUCGAUGCGAGCUCCUGCACAGAACAAUACGCGGCCCUGAUGAAAAGGUGCUGGGGAGAAGAACCGGAUCAAAGGCCUGACUUCACAAUGAUCCAGGCGACGAUGAAAAUAGUCAACAAAGGCCAGAAGGCGAAGGGCAACAUCGUCGACAAUCUCCUACACAGAAUGGAGCAGUACGCGAACAAUCUGGAAGAUCUAGUAGAAGAGAGAACAACGGCUUUCGUCGAGGAGAAGAAGCGAUCCGAGGAGCUGCUGUAUAGAGUCCUGCCCAAAUCGGUAGCAGAUCAGUUGAAACUUGGACGAAGCGUGGAUCCGGAGGCGUACGAUUUAGUGACGAUAUACUUCUCAGACAUCGUCGGUUUUACAGCAAUCAGCGCUGCCAGUACGCCUAUACAGGUAGUAAAUCUACUUAAUGAUCUGUACACUCUCUUUGACGCCAUAAUCGCCGAGUACGAUGUAUAUAAAGUGGAGACGAUAGGAGAUGCUUAUAUGGUGGUAAGCGGAUUACCGUUACGCAACGGUAACAACCACACGUCAGAGAUCUGCCGCAUGGCUCUCCAUCUGCUGCGUACUGUCACCGCUUUCAGGAUGCGACACCGCCCGACCGAUCAGCUAAAACUCCGCAUCGGCAUACAUUCAGGGCCGUGCGUGGCGGGUGUCGUUGGCCUAACCAUGCCUCGAUACUGUCUGUUUGGAGACACCGUGAACACAGCUUCAAGGAUGGAAUCUAAUGGACUGCCAUUGAAGAUACACGUCAGUGUUUGGUCGAGAAGGCUAUUAGAACCAUUUGACACAUUCAUCCUAGAGGAGCGGGGUGAGAUAGAAAUGAAAGGAAAGGGUGCUGUGCUUACGUAUUGGUUGUUGGGCGAAAAAUGAACUACAUGAAUGCAGAACAGUCACUUAUAAUUGUUUAAGUAGCAAUAGGAAGAUUGCUACUGCUAUUUACUGCUACUAUACGAUCCUUGCUGUAAGAAGCACCGUACCCCGAGCGCGAGGUCAAUAGAUCUAUUCUUGUGUAGGAUCCCAGACUAUUGCUGUUACGCUACUUAGAAGUAGUGCCGCAAAUUAUUGUAUGUCGAUGUAACAUUAUCCUUCUGAGAGAUAGAGCAUCCGUCAAACAGCAGAACUCAGAUCAUUACCAUGAAAAAGGAUAAAGACUGCACGCACCUAUUUACUUGUAUAGAGUAGUGUUGUAAUUUGUCUAGCUGUCCUUGGACUGUGCUAUACUAAUAAAUGUAGCUAAGCUGCAAGUCGCCA